AUGGUUGCCAUUCUCGCCGUCGUUGUACCUAUCUUAGGUUGCCUCCUCACCGGUGUCUUUGGUGUCCCACAGCCAAUGAAUGCGAAGGAAUUCAAGGAACAAGGUGUCUGGGGCCCAACAGCAGUGUGGUAUUGGCGUUGUUUGUCACCAUUUAUCGUCGAGGCUUCCUUGGAUCUUGAAAACUGGAGGCCAUCGAGCGUUUGCCUUGAGGGAACUUGUUGCUCAAUACUUGCGAGUGGCCCGACGUGUACCAAGGAUGCGUGCAAGCUCGUACCGAAAGAGCCCGGAAUCGAUCAAGAGAGCACAACCAAAUUCCGCAUCUCGACUGCUACCCAUCUCAAUUAUACUGCGAUAAUGAGUGGUGGAAAGACACCAAACAAGGGAGCUGCGAUCAAGUCUCUAUCAGCAACCAAGAAAGGGAACAAGUCUGCGAAACCGAAAUUUGAUUUCGGCGAGAUAGAUUCCGACUUUGACGACGCGUAUUCAAGCCAAAAAGAAGGAGACGAGAACAAGGAACCCACGACCGAUUCUCGGUGUCAGUCCGUAGAUAGAUACAAAGAGAAGCUUCAUCCCGAGGGCCAAGACAUCUGGCUACCCGCUUACAAGUACCCACCGGACUACCGCAUGAGAGGAUCAAGAAGCCCUACUCCGCGAGUUGAUGGAGAGGACCCUGCAGCUGAUGCACUUUUCGAGGGUGCGAGAGAGAGACAAGAGAGAAAAGUGUUAAGAGAUGUGAAUGCGCAUGUGUCUGCGCUGUCCGCCAAUCUUAAAAAUGCUCUCGCUAAGACAAAUUCGACACUAGAGCGCCUUGCAGCAAAGCGAACGGAGAGGAAAGAGGGUGAAGAAGACACCACCGAUGCCCCAUCUGAAAGCGCAGGAAGUCGCAAAUAA